AUGUUGUUUAUUUCUGUUCCAAAAACACAAAUAAACACACAUCAUAUUACAGAAUACGAUAUUCUAGAUCCAGUCAAUGUUACCUGUGCAUACGAAUUAGGUAUGCCAAAGUUGAUGGAUAAUUUUACCUCUCCGAACGCCAGCAUUCAGCUUAAUGUUUGGCGCUUGUCACUUCGAAUUGCGUCUGGAAAGUUUGAAAGAAGUCGAGCAUUGAGUAGAAUUCGAAAGUCAUUUGAUCUUGACUAA